AUGAGCAGAAGAAAAGCUCCCGCGAGCUUUGUAGCAGCACUCAAGAGCUGCGUUGCUCUGGCUGCAAAGGAAGAAGGCGCAAAGGUUGAUGAUGGGAAACUAGUGAAGCUCAGGGCUUUGGAGAGAGGCAUUUCCAUCCACGCGCGAGCGACCUGCAGUGGCUGUGACGCAGAUGCCUUUGUCAGCUGCUCCUUGAUGGAGAUGUACGCCAAGUGUGGAAGAAUGGUGGAAGCUCGUGCCGUGUUUGACAAACUCUUGAGGUGUUCUUCCAUUCUACCUAGUGUUGUUUUGUGGACUGUGCUGAUACAAGGCUAUACUGAAAACGGCGAGCCAUGCAUUGCUCUCGACUUGUUCUCACGCAUGAAAGAGGAGAACUAUUGUCAGCCCAAUCCUCGAACGAUUGUCCCUGCGUUGAAGGCCUGCUCGCUCCUGGCAGCCGAAGAAGUUAACGUACUGGAUGAUACAGUCGAGAGGAAGAAAAGUGUGAUCAAGCGACAUUCGCUGCGUAAGGGGAUGGAAAUCCAUGCUCAAGCGCUAGAGCAGGGGUUUCAUUCGGAUAUUUUCGUAUCAAACACUCUGGUACACAUGUAUGCCAAGUGUGGGAGCAUGGUGGAUGCUCGCAGAGUGUUUGACAGGGCACUGGAUCGGUCGACCGUGUCGUGGAACAUUUUGAUGCUUGGAUACGUAGAGCACGGAGAAGCUGGCUUGGUUCUCGAGCUGUUUUCAUGCAUGGAACGAUCCGGGGCUGCUCCAAAUGCUCUCAGCUUUGUGGCUGCGUUGAAGGCUUGCACUAGUUUGGCGGACGAGGAACAAGGAACCGUGGUGGAUGGAGGCAAACUUGUCAAAGUCCGUGCUUUAGAAGAUGGCAUGGCUGUCCAUGCUCAAGCGUUGGAGGCUGGCUACUACAACUCGGACGCGUUCGUCAGCAAUGCUCUCAUCGAUAUGUACUGUAAUUGUGGGAGAAUGGUGGAGGCCAAGAGGGUGUUUGACGAGCUACAUCUCCAGCGCACUGUGGUGUCCUGGAACGCACUGAUGCUUGGCUACGUUGAAAAUGGCGAAGAAGAAUCGGCUCUACAAGCGCUGGCGAUGAUGGAAGGCUGUAAUUGCGUGCCAACAUCUCGGACUUUCCUUGCUGCUUUGAAGGCUUGCUCGGGGCUCGCAGCAAAAGAAGAAGCAGGAGAGGAAUCUGCCAAGCUCGAGAGCUUGGAGAGAGGCAUGGCUAUUCACUCGAGAGCCGAGAAGCAAGGACUUGGUGUGGACUUGUUCGUAGCGAGCACGCUUGUGGAUAUGUAUUCCAAGUGUGGCAGCAUGCUUGAUGCCCGCCGGGUUUUCGACCGGAUGGAGAAGCACAGCAGUGUGGCGUGGACGGCGCUUAUACUGGGGUAUACGGAGAAAGGUGACAGUGACUUAGCACUAGAGUUGUUUGCAUCCAUGCAACAAGAAAACUGUCCACGCGACGCACCGGCCUUUGUUGCGGCUCUCAAGGCGUGCGCUGCUAUGGCUGCGAGAGAAGAAUCAACUCCAGUGGAUCAAAAGCUCGUGAAAUCGGUGGCCUUGGAAAAGGUGGCCGAGAUUCAUCCGCAGGCCAUUGCGAGCGGCUUGAUCUCCGACCUCUACUUGGCGAGCUCCCUGGUGGACUUGUAUGCGAGCUGUGGAAGCAUGGAAGAUGCCCGCAGUGUCUACGACAAGAUGCCUCGACACGAUGUAGUGUCGUGGGCUUCUCUGGUUCUCGGUUAUGCCGAGAGUGGUCAAGCGGAGCUCGCUUUGGAACUCUUCUUUCGAACGAGAGUUGAAAGGAGUCACGAGUGCGCAUCGAAUGCCGUGAGCUUUGUAGGUGCUCUCAAGGCCUGUGGAAGUCUAACAGCUCUCGAGACUGGGAAGAGAAGAGUCCAUGGUGACUUGUGCAGGAGCGGGCUGGAGCUAGAGAGCACGGUGGUUGCAAACUCUCUCGUAGAUUUCUAUGGCAAGUGUGCUUGCCUGAUCCAGUCGCAGCAUAUGUUCGAUUCCAUCGUGAGAAAGGAUGCAGCGAGCUGGACUUCACUGUUAGCCGGAUACUGUCGGCAAGGCAACGUUUCUCGGGCACUGGAGCUCUUUCACGCGAUGCAGCACGAAGAUGGCUUGCGUCCAACACCUGUAACAUUUACGUGCCUUCUCACGGCUUGCAGCCACGCCGGGCUCGUCGACCAGGGGAAGAAGUUGUUCCAACUCAUGUUGUCCAAGUAUGGAGUGAGGCCGACUCUCGAGCACUACCACUGCCUGGCGGACUUGCUUGGCAGGGCCAACCGGGUAGCCGAAGCAGUGACGCUACUGGAGACAAUGCCAUACUCGCCGACUGCUGUGUCGUGGAGGACAAUGCUAAGUGCCUGCCGGAAGUGGGACAACAUUGAGUUGGGAAAGAGAGCAUACGAAUCCCUGAUGGAUUUGAGCGUCAAGGACACAGCAGGCUAUUCCCUCAUCAGGAACCUGUAUGGAAGUACCGCAACAGAAAACCAUCAGAUCAUACCGGAUGAGAGUCAUGCUUACCAAGCGAAGCUUUUUGAUCUUCAAGUACGUAGUGCUUAG